AUGGGAACCGAAACGAAUUCCAGUGUCGGCAAGUCCGGCAAGAAUGCCGUAACUGAAGGACUGGCUACUUUCCGCCAGGAUGAAAACAAAAUUCCAGAGGUGGCUGUGACUAAUUUGCUUAUUCCUAAUCGUGAUGAAUUUGAGCAAAAGUUUGUCCGAAAGCUUGAUCUUCGACUUCUGCCAUUGAUGAUGUUGAUCUAUGUUUUGAAUUAUCUGGAUCGAAAUAACAUUGCAACGGCCCGUUUAGGGACACUUGAGAAGGAUCUGGGGAUUCAUGGCAAUCAGUAUAACACCAUCAUCAGUCUGUUCUUUGUCGGAUAUAUUCUCACCCAAAUCCCAACUAAUAUGAUUUUGAACAAAAUGAGGCCAUCGCUGUUUCUACCUGCUGUGAUGUGUGGAUGGGCCAUUGUUAGUGCUGCUACAGGGGCUGUUCAGAACUACCGAGGACUCCUGGCUUUGCGCUUCAUACUCGGGUUUCUGGUGCAUUGUUUCUCUUUUCCUCAUGGUACACCAAAAAAAGAGCUCGCUGCUCGUAUUUCGAUCCUUUACGUUGCUGCUCAGAUAUCAGGUGCCUUUGGCGGUCUAUUGGGCAGUGCCAUUAUGUCGGGAAUGGAUGGAAAGGCCGGAAUUCCGGCGUGGAGAUGGCUGUUUAUCAUUGAAGGAAGCGCCACAAUACCUGUUGCAAUUGUCGCGAUGUUCACCUUGCCAGAUUAUCCAGCGACCACGAAAUGGCUUACAGACGAGGAACGUAUUCUGGCUAUUGCACGUCUAGCAGAAGACGCAAGCGAAAACGAUAAUUGUGAAACGAACAGCAAUUGGGAAGGACUAAAACUCGCUUUUACCGAUCCAGUUCUCUACAUCAUAUGGUUGAUGCAGCUUGGCCUCAAUACUGCUGCUUGCUUUACAAACUUUUUCCCGACAAUUGUUGCAACACUAGGUUAUGACACCACCAAGACUUUACUGCUCUCUGCACCGCCUUACAUUUUCGCUGCUAUUCUCAGCGUCUCUAAUUCACUCCACAGCGAUCGUGUCAGUGAGCGAUGGUUACACAUUGUUUGGCCACAAGUCUUCAGUAUGAUUGGAUUCAUCCUGAGUGCUGUGACCCUAAAUGUCCCAACUCGAUACAUAUCCACUUUCAUGAUGAUGUCGAUUUAUGGCUCUUUUGGAUGCAUCCUUUCUUGGGUUUCCACUUCACUUCCGAGGCCACGCUCAAAGCGUGCGGUCGCAUAUGCAGUGGUCAAUGCGGGAUCUAACUUCGCCUCUAUUUACGCCAGCUACUUCUACCCCGAAUCACAAGGGCCUAGAUACUGGCAGGCUAAUGUAGCUAACGUGGCCUUCUCAGGAAUGUGUAUCCUGAUGGCUACGGUGCUGAAAUUCACUCUGCGCUGGAGAAAUAAUCGACUAAACAAAGCGGCAGAUGCAGAUGUUGCUGCCGGGAUUGACCCAACAAGCGAAGGCUCGGAGAGUCACCAGUUGGCGAUGAGAUGGAAUUGCCACCCUAUCUAUCGAUUUAUCACUUGA